AUGGCUAGCCGCGUUGCUGAUGGCUUGAGCAAGCUGCAGCUCGAUGAUUCAUUGGACUCGUCGGGGGAUGACGCCGUCCCCUUCCUUGGCACCAACGAGGGCGCGCGUCGGCCCUCCGUUGGCCAGAAGAAAAAGGGGCUCGACUCCUCUUCCGACCUCUCUUCAUCUGUAUCGACCGAUCUGUCCAGCGAUUCAGAUGAUUCAGACUCUGAUGAUUCUGAUGAGCCCACAACCACAGCGACCACAACACGAACACGGCCUUCCAAGAAUGGAAAUGCCACUACUACCAAGCGGACUGCUGGAGGCCAUCGCGCUGCUGCAGCAGCAGCCGCCGAUCCAAAGGGCAAGGGCAAGGCUGGCGACAAGGACCAGGAGGACCAGGAAGCAAAGAAGAAGGAAGAGGAGAAGAAUGCAGCGGCCAAGAAAUCACUCGACUACUCGGUGUUUGUGACCAACUACGAGAUCGAUCCCAAAGACAUCAAGCUGGGCGAUCUGCUCGGCUCGGGGUCGUACGGCAAGGUGUACAAAGCCAAGCUCUACGCCAAGGACGUGGCCGUCAAGAAGCUCACCACCAAGUUCCUCGACGAGAAGGCCCUACGCGCCUUUGGCCACGAAGUGGACAUCAUGUGCAAUUUGCGGCAUCCGAAUGUGGUGCUGUUCAUGGGCGCAUGCACGACACCCGGCAACCUCACCAUCAUCACCGAACUCAUGUCCAAGGGCUCUGUGACGGACCUGCUGCGGGACAAGUCGCUGAAGCUCUCGUUCAAGCAGCGAAUGUCGUUUGCGCGAGACGCCGCCCUGGGCAUGAACUGGCUCCACAACGCCUCGCCGCCCAUUCUCCACCUCGACCUCAAGUGCUCCAACCUGCUCGUGAACGACGACUGGGAGGUGAAGGUGGCCGACUUUGGGCUGGCCAAGAUCAACGCCUCGGGCACGCACAGGGGCUUGCACGGGUCGCCCAUCUACAUGAGCCCCGAAAUGCUCCUCGGGCUCGAAUACGAUGAAAAGACAGAUAUUUACUCGUUCGGCAUGGUGCUGUACGAGUUGGCCACGGGCGAAGAGCCGUUCAAGAACGAAUUCUCGUCCCUGCAGUCGCUCAUCGACGCCGUGGUGAAGAAGAACGAACGCCCCAAGAUCCCGGCCACAUGUCCCGUGCGAUUGGCAAAGUUGAUCCGAUCGUGCUGGGACACGGUGCCCUCCAAGCGGCCAGCCUUUGUCGACAUGCUUUCCUCCAACGUGUUCUACAAGGUCUCGCUCGAGGCGACGCUGCGGGACAAGCGGGCCUGCGCGCUGUGGGCGCAGUACUUCCUCACGCGGGAGACCGUCACAUGGAACGAAUUCCAACAGGCGUUCACAGACUUCUUCAACAUUAAGGCACGCAACGGCGCGGACGCCAAUCGUUUGGAGCUCGUGCGGGUGCUGGUGGCCAAGGACCGGGACAUGGUGGGCAUCGAACAAUUCGCGCGCGCGCUCGAAUGCUUCGGGCCUCUCGAAACCCCCGCCCAGUUCCUCGACGAGAUCGAAGGCACGCUGCGGGAGGAGUGGUUCCACGGCGACGUGACGGAGGCCGAGGCCGAGCUGCUGCUGGCCAAGCACAAGCACGGGACCUACCUGGUCCGCUUCUCGUCCACGCCCGGCUCCUUCACCAUCACCGGCAAGAACAAGAAGGACGCCCUCGCCCACUUCCGCAUCUCCCACAAGGCCGGCCUCGCCUUCUGCCUCGGCGCCAACGAGUAUGUCCGACCCUGUCCGGGCUCGGCCUACCAGACCCUCUUCGACCCCAAGGCGGCCGUCACCUCCGUCCGGCCCAGCUUCUACUCAGCACAGGACUACCAGUACUCGUAG